ACUGUUAACAUACAUUUCAUGGUACUACUUAAAUUUCUCUAUGCAUGUUAUAUUCCAGGAUUACUUUUGCGUUACUUUUUCUUGGCUGAGGCUUGAUCUCUUUCAGACCUUGCAUAACCUUUCUUUCAUCACAAAAAUGUCGAGCUCUGGCCUGCCAUCUCAGUUUUUGACUCAAACUGUUCCCACACAGGUGUGUACGCAUAGAGUGCAUAAUGUGACUAUGUUUAGUUUAAUUCGGUACAUAUAUUUUUUCAACUAAAAAGUAACUUGCAUUACUUUUUUGAAUAAGUUACUCAAAUAUUAAUGUGUACAUUUAAAAAGUAAUGGAUUACUUUACUUGUUACUUCAGAAAAGAAAUAUUAUUACUUUAUGCACGUUACUUGUAAUGCGUUACCCCCAACACUGCCUGUCAUCAAUCCUAUUCCUUGACUUAAUGUCCUAUAGGCAGCCUUAAGAAAAUGAAUUACCAGUAGGUAAAUACAUUACAAUUUUUAUUUGAGGACUAUAACAUUUGCAAUAAUAUACCAAACAUUCUAUUCUUUAUAUUUAGAAAUUUAAUCCCUCAAUAACAUUAAGCUGCUUUGAGACAAUACAACAUGGUAAAAUAGCACUAUAUAAAUGUGAUAUUUAAAUACUUCCAUUAGGGAAAUUACCCAUAACUACAUGCUUGCUUAGAAAGAAAACCAAGGGGAAACAAGAAAAGGUGGUGUGUGUGCUCCCGUGAGAUAGAAAUAAUGUGGGUAUUUUCCAACGGUCACACAGGUGUCACACAGAGUCUUGCGGGUUAUGCAUGAUAAUAAUAAAUAGUACAAUAAAACAGUUUUAAGCUGUGCAACUGCCUGUAUUUAUUAGGAUGAAUACGACAAGCUUGGUUUACCGAACCAAGAAGGAUUGUUUCACUCAAAAAUUCACAAAUAAAAUUUACACAGAAAAUCUCAUUGUACUUAAUGCUUUCACUUCCUCUUUCAGUAAAGCAUAAAAGUGAGGAACAGUUUUCACUUUUAAUGAAACAAAACUACUUACAGGAGUGAUUGCAUGCUGCAGACAUAACUGCACAGAACAAGAGGUGAAGCCUUACUCAGCGUCCAAAGAUUCUUCACUGGAAAGAAAGAUGCUGUGUGAAAGUAAGCUGUGGUGUUUGACAUAUGAGUCUCGAUCUGAAUGUGCAAGUCUUCCAUCAUCUUGCACAGUUCCACCAUCAUCACCUCCCCUAAGUAAUCACCUCUCAGCCCAAAUCCUAGUCCACACAUCUGUAGAUGGACACGCCGAAACAACCUCGACCAAGUCGCAGCAAAGCAAUGUCCAUUCAUCCUCCAUAGACCCAUCUGCAAUAAGGCAGCUCUCCCCAGUUAUGGAUAUCCCCAGGCAGACAGAUUCACCAGAAUCAGAGGCAUUUCUGGUGCCUUCCAGCUGCCACAGCAUCUGUCAACACUACAGUGAUUUACACAUUGCUGGUGGCCAAGUGAUGCCUCUCAGCCCUGGUCCAAGCGACGCACAGGGAGACCACAGUCAGGCCCCACAAACUGGUCCUUUCCUUCUUUCUGGAGAUGUUCCUACCCCAUCACUGCUCCCUCCAUUGGUCCAUAAAUACAGAAAUUCAAGGCGCUGGAGGGACGAGAGUGCCCGUUCCUCUCUUAUGCAGCUCGGUCGCCCUCUUUCUAACUCGCAGCUUAAUAGCUACCUGGAACAGCAGCUCCUGGAGCUGUACAGGCAGUACCUGACCGAGGGACCCGCAGGGAUGAGGCCGGUUAUGGCCUCUGAGCUUCUGCAGACCAGCCUGGACCAGAUGACCCUUCAACUGAGCCGAGAGCAGAACAUGGAGACAGCACGGGCCAAAGACAUGUUGCUCAGCUGCCUGUUGAAAGUCACCAGCAGUUACCAGUCCAGUGAGAUCAGCACACCUUUACUGCAGAUCUCUACUGAAACUAAGUGAGACAGAUGACAGGCAGAUGUGGGAAAAAAACAUUAAAAGAAAUUUUGGUAAAGAAAGAAAUGUUGUUGCAUAUUUUUUCAGUGUUGUAUCUUGUAAAUCUGUAAAUUUGCGGAAUAGUAACAAUUGUGACUGGGGAGUGCUGACAGAUUUUUUUAUAACAUUAUAAAUACCAAAUGAAUAAUCUAGUUCUCACCUGCAAGAAUAAAACCUCUCCAGUUUUUAUCUCCUAGUCAAAUUUCUCAAACUCUUCCUAAAUUCACCUCUUUGUUCAUUUAGCCAGAACUUAAAACAAAAGACAUUUUGUACCAAAUUCUAAUAAAAUAUACAAAAAAUUCCACACUUCUUCUUGGUACCACUUCUGGACCACUUUAUCCUGUUCCCCAUAUUUAUUUACAGAUAGCCUGAAAUCAUGGCAUGCUGCUAUAUUUUGAAUUGACCACUAAUUUGAAUUAAGACUAAUAAAGCUCACAAUGGUGAAUAGUUAAAGGGAUAGUUCACCCAAAAAUAAAAAAAUCUGUCAUCAUUAACUCAUUCUCAUGUUGUUCUAAACCUGUAUGAAUUUCUUUUUGUUGCUGCACACAAAAUAUGAUAUUUUGAGAAAUGAUGGUAAACACACAGCAUAUAGUGUCCAUUGACUUCCAUAGUAGGAAAAAAAUAGUUUGGAAGUAUUGUGAUAAAUGAUGAAGAAAAUAUUUUGAUAAAUGAUGGUAAGCACACAGUUGACAGUACCCAUUGAAUUCCAUCAUAUUUUUUUAUUCCUACUAUGGAAGUCAAUGGACACUAUAUGCUGUGUGUUUACCAUAUCUUUUUUGUGUUUAUCAGAAAAAAGAAAUUCAUAAAGGUUUAAAACAACAUGAGGCUGAAUAAAUGAUGACAGAAUUUUCAUUUUUGGGUGAACU